AUGGCACCGUUCCGCGCCGAGCAUUUGGGUUCGCUAUUGCGACCUGAAGAUCUCCUCAAUGUGCGUGCAACCAUCCGGGACAAGGGUAUUUCACCAGAAGAGGCUGGACUGCCGGCAGUUGAAAAAAAGGCCAUUGGUGAUGUAGUUAAGCUGCAACAGGACCUUGGCUUUAAGGCUGUUACUUCGGGAGAAUUCAAUCGGACACGAUUUUGGGGCCUUUUAUGGGAUGAAUUUGAGGGUACCGUACGCUUACAAGAUGCUGAAGCGAGCAUGUUUCGCCUAUACCACCCUGACGUUGUGAGUUUGAUCGAAAAUGACAGGAAAGUUAUGCCUGGAGAUUCGGUCAUCGCUGGAAGCAAGUUGUCGCAUAAUCCCAGCAAGUCCGUCUCCAACUUGAAGGAACUCCAGCAAGUUCAGGCUUUUGUCCCAGAGAAUGAAUGGGGUAACAUCAAGCUCACCGUAAUCGCCCCGUCUUGGUUCCACAUGCGAUACAAGCAAGGGUGGGCUUACACUAAAGAAGCAUAUGCGAACGAUGCCGAAUACUUCGCAGAUGUGGCUAAGAUUUAUCAUGCCGAAUUAGAGUCGCUAUAUAAGGCCGGGCUACGAAAUGUCCAAUUCGAUGAUCCAGGAAUGGCUUAUUUCUGCUCCAAGGAUUUCCGAAAGGGUUGGGAAGAAGAUAAAGACAAUAUUGGGACAUGGGAAGACCUUCUUGAUGCUUACAUCAAGUUGUAUAAUGACUCGAUUAGCGGCUUACCCUCGGACUUCCACACGGGCAUUCACCUAUGUAGAGGUAACUUCAUUGGUGGCAGACAUUUCUCUGAAGGUGCUUACGACAUUAUCGCCAAGAAGCUGUUCGAGAACCUGAACGUGAACACCUUCUAUCUCGAAUAUGAUACUGAGAGGGCAGGAGGCUUUGAACCUCUACAAUUCUUGCCGAAGAACAAGAACGUUGUUGUCGGUGUCAUAAGCACGAAGUUACCACAGCUAGAAGAUAAGGAAGCCACGAAAGAGCGUAUCUAUAAGGCAGCGGACUUCGUUGCGAAGGGGAGUGGACAGACCCGCGAGGAAGCCCUAAAGAGGAUAUAUGUUAGCCCACAAUGCGGCUUCAGCACUCAUGAAAGCGGAUAUCCUCUAUCACUAGAAGAUGAGAAGAAGAAAUUGUCAUUGGUGAGACAGGUUGCCGACGAAAUUUGGGGUGAACCUUAG